AUGGGCAAGGCAUUCAACAUCUUCACUGCGGUCUUCUGCAGUAUCGGCUCAUUCCUCUUCGGUUAUGACAGCGGUGUCAUUUCAGCCGUCUUGACGAUGAGCACGUUCAAGGAUCACUUCCACAACCCGGGAGACUCCAUUAGCGCCGCCGUAGUAUCAACAUUUGCGGGCGGUUGUUUCUUAGGUGCCGCUGCUGGAUCCUGGUUGAAUGACAGGUUGGGCAGAAGAUUAGCCAUCCAAAUUGGCGCAUUCGUCGGCAUAAUCGGUGUGGCCUUGCAGACUGCAGCACCCAACAUGGCUUGCAUGCUUGUGGGCCGUAUCGUGGGUGGAAUGUCUAUCGGACUGCUCUCGAUGUCGGUCCCCCUUUACAAUACGGAGAUCUCGCCUCCCAAGAUUCGUGGCUUCAUCGUUGGGCUGUCACAACAGAUGCUCGGGAUUGGUUUCAUUGUUGCGAACUGGGUUGGCUACGGCACUCAAUUCAUGAACACAAACGCGGCUUGGCGCAUUCCCAUCGGGCUUCAAAUGCUACCAGCCGGGCUGUUGCUCGUCGGCAUCCAGUUCCUCCCGCAAUCUCCGCGUUGGCUCAUCGAAGUCGGUCGCGAUGAGGAGGCCCGCAAGGUCAUCCGUCAGCUUCAUGGCGCAGCUACCGAUAUUACCGCUGCCGAGGCCGACGCAGAAUACGAGGUCAUGGCUGCCGCCAUCCGCGCAGAUGUUGCGACACGGAGCAACAGCAUCAGCGAUCUCUUCAAGACGCGCUCAAUGACAUGGCGCACGCUUGUUGCCGUCGGAGUGCAGGUCUUCGGCCAGUUCACUGGUAUCAACGUCAUCAACUAUUACGGGCCUAAGAUCUACAGCUCGCUUGGAUACGGCGACGGUACCGUCGUCUUGAUCCAGGGCCUCUUCAGUGCCGCGGGUCCUAUCACAAAUAUCUUCUUCAUCUUGUUCGUCAUCGACCGCGUCGGUCGUCGCAAGCCCCUCAUCUUCGGUGCCACGGCCCUUGUCGUGCUCUUCUCCAUCCUCGCCGCUAUCAUUGCAAGCUUCCCGCCCGACACGAACCACAAUGCCUCCGCGUCAAAGGCAGGAAUCGCCGUUGUCUUCAUGAUGACCAUUGUCUUCUCUCUAAGCUUUGGACCUGUCUCAUGGGUGCUUGCCAGCGAGGUCUUCCCCACUUCAACCCGGUCCAUUGGCACGAGUGUUGCGACGUGCUCGAACUGGGCAUUCAACGUCCUCCUCUCACAGGUGUCCCCGCUAGCCAUGGACUCCAUUGGCUGGAAGUUCUACAUCAUCUUCAUCGUUCUCAACGCUAUCGACGGCGGCCUGAUUUAUGUCUGGUUUCCCGAGACCAAAUCAAAAUCGCUCGAGGAAAUGUCGGCCGUCUUCGGAGACCACACAGAGAAGGAGGCAAUCGCACAACACACCGCGCAGGAUGCCAACAGCGACCAUUUCGACGAAAAGGCCUGA